CAGAGUUACGUGACGUCAUUAAAUGCGUCUGCAAGCCUAGACUAUCUUGGAUGCCAGUGUGGGUGCUGAUUGCAGUCUGUGCAAGUGCACUUGUCAUUUUGAUAUGCUGUACAUUUUGCAUAUGCAAAAGAUGUUGCAAAAAGCACAAGAAAUUGAAGAAGAAAGAUGGCAAAGAAAGCGUUCAAGAAUUAAAUGUUGGAAACUCCAUGAAAGAAAGAAUUCGCAGAUUUUCCAUCAAAGAAAUGGUGCAGCCUAAUGUGGUGGAGCUUGGAGUUGAUAUAGAGGGUGAUCAGGAAGCUGACAAUGCUGAACCUGAAGGGUACUGUGGGAAAAUACAGCUCUCUUUUGACUUUGAUUUUCAAAAAGGAGAGUUGUCAGUGUGUGUACUGCAAGCCAAUGAUUUACCAGGAAUGGAUAUGAAUGGCCUGUCAGAUCCAUACAUCAAAGUCACCUUGCUUCCUGAAAAGAAGAAAAAAUUUGAGACUAAAGUCAAGCGAAAAACACUGAAUCCAGUGUUCAAUGAAACAUUUGUGUUUAAGGUUCCAUAUGCUGAAGUGGCAUUAAAGACAGUGACAUUUGCAGUUUAUGAUUUUGAUCGCUUCUCUAAGCAUGAUGAGAUAGGUCAUCUAGAAAUCCCGCUGAACACUAUUGACUUUGGAAAUAGCACUGAAAUAUGGUAUGAUCUGGAAAGCCCAGAAAUUAAUGAAAAGGAAAGCAAGCUAGGAGACAUUUGUUUUUCUUUGAGAUACAAGCCAACUGCAAAAAAACUCACUGUUACCAUUCUUGAAGCCAAAAAUCUGAAAAAGAUGGAUGUUGGAGGAUCAGCAGAUCCCUAUGUGAAAAUAGCGCUGUAUCAAGGAAAUAAGCGUCUCAAGAAAAAGAAAACAACUGUAAAGAAUUCCAUUCUCAACCCUUACUAUAACGAGUCUUUUAAGUUUGAUGUUCCACCUCACCAAAUUGAGAAAAUCAACUUGAUAAUAACAGUGGUUGAUUAUGAUGUUAUUGGGAACUCAGAUCCAAUUGGACGUGUUUUCCUAGGCUGCAACUCUUCAGGCUCUGCACUGCGCCACUGGAGUGACAUGCUGGCCAACCCCCGACGCCCUAUUGCUCAGUGGCAUACACUUCAGGAAGUACCCCCUAAAAAAUAAAGACAGUCACACUGGCGAACUGGAGACCAGUCUCUGAUUGAUAGAACAUCAUUUUGAAGUGACUAGUAUCUCAUUUCUAGAACAAAAGAAGUAUAUGUUUCAUGUUGUGAACAAGUAAUAAGAAAUGAAUGCGAAAGGGUUUUACAUACACAUUUAUCUCUAUAUCUUA